GGAGGCUGGAGCGUCGUGGUGCCAUGGCCAUGGUGGUGCCCAUCCGCGGCCCGCGGCCCCGCGCCUGGACAGAUGUAUGAAAGCCAGAAGGGGGCGCGGCCCGGUGGCAGUCCAGCGGCUCGAGACUCGAGUCCUGCGGGGAGCUGAUCGCAGGAUUCAGUGGAAAGAAGAGCUUUCGGGGAAGAGAAUCAAGAAGAAGGUCGGAGAGCGAGCGAGGGUGGCGAUUGUUGAGAGGGAGAGGUGACAGAUCGAGAGAGAGAGAGAAAGAGGGAGGGAGGGAGGCGAUGAUGGAGGGAGCAUCGGCCGAGUAUGUGGUGCUGUUGGCCUUGGCAGCGCUGGGGUUCGUGUACGUGUUGCGGCAGGUGUUCAUGUUUGUGAAGUGGACAUGGCAGACGCUUUUGAGGCCGGGCAAAAAGCUGUCCAAGUAUGGAUCAUGGGCUCUGGUCACGGGUGCCACGGAUGGCAUCGGGCGUGCGUGCUGCAUGCGCUUGGCCCAGGAGAAGAUCAAUGUGAUUGUGGUCGGGCGAUCGCCCUCCAAGGUGCAGGAAGUGGUGAAAGAGCUGGAGAGUAAGAACGUGCAGGUGCGCUCGGCGGUGGUGGAUUUCACCGAGGAAGACCUGAACGCGGGAUUGGCAAGAAUCGAGAGCGCCAUCGCUGGCCUGGAUGUGGGCAUUCUGGUGAACAGCGUCGGGCUUUCGUACCCGUACGCCAAGUUCUUCCAUGAAGUCGAUGCCCAGCUGACCAGAAAUUUGAUCAGAGUCAACGUCGAGGUUACUACCCGCAUGGUGCAAAUGGUUUUGCCCGACAUGUUGAAACGUCGGAAGGGGGCCAUCAUCAACGUUGGAUCGGGGGCCGCGUCUAUUCUGCCAUCAGAUCCUCUCUACGCCCUCUAUGCUGCGUCCAAAGCUUUUGUCGAUCAGCUCUCUCGGUCUCUAUACGUCGAGUAUAAGCACAGCGGUAUCGACGUCCAGUGCCAGGUGCCUCUAUACGUGGCCACAAAGAUGUCAAAGAUAAGAAGAGCUUCAUUGGCCGUUCCAUCUGCAGACACCUACGCCAAAUGUUCUCUCAAAUGGAUCGGGUUUGAACCUAGAUGCACCCCUUACUGGGUGCACUCGAUCAUGUGGUGGAUCAUCUGGGUACUGCCUGAGUCUAUCAUCGACACUAUCCGCCUCCGUAGUAGCCUGGAUGUCCGAAGACGAGGUCAAAGUAAAGAUUCCCGUGGCAAAAAAGAGUAGAGAAACCAUCUUGUGGAUUUUGGAGUUUACUUCAUGGGAGUACUUCGGUAGUUAAGGUACUGCCACCGGGAGUCCAAAGAAAGCAAGGAAGUAGCAGAUGGAUGCCCUCCCAGUGUAACAGGCAGGGUAAUUUUCCUGGCGAUGAAGCUUUCUCUUCUAGUAGUUUAGGUCUUCUUGACGCCAUGUCCAUUUGUAACCUGGCACCGUUCAUUCCCCGCUUGCGAAGCGAUAUUGCAAAUUGGUCUCGUCCAUUCUCCAGACCCUUGCCGUUUUCAUAUCGUGCCCAGUCGAAACAGAAGAACUAACGGGUUCGGCACUUUGGGGAACUCUUUGAUCUCUUGACAUUCUCAUGCGAACGAUGCGCUCCUUGGAUUCUGCGAAGUGGCCGUCUCGCUAGAGAGAUAUACUCACAUUGAGUGUACAUCUCGGGAGAAGCUUGCUAAGAGAGCACAUUAUUGAAUACGAGUUUGCAGCAUAAUCGUGCAGCAGUUAGUUGUUACUCUGCAUUGUAGUCAUCGUUAUGUAUUGUCGACUAUGUCCACGACUGUCUGCACAAGUGUGCUAGUGAACGAGCAAUCAACCUCACACUCGAUAUUAGCACUGUCCACAGAUGAAGUCGAAUAACAUAAACCUCCAUCUUAUCCGAAAAGAUGGAGGUUAUGCAUAUGCGGUAAAGGAGCUU